AUGGGUAAAGUCAGUAACUCAAGACAGAAGCAGCGUCAUGAUCCAUUCUAUAAGGAAUUGACAACACAAGGUGGUAAUUUGAGAACCAAGAGCAGGGGUAAAAAGAAAGAAGAGAAGGAUGAAGAUCAAGAGUACAUUGAUAGCGCAGCAUCUAGAAAGAUCUUACAAUUGGCUAAGGAACAGCAGGAUGAGAUUGAGAAGGAAGAGGCUCAGCAGUUGAAAGAGCAGGGGAAAUUUGCAUUUGGUGCGAGAUUUGCUCAAGGUGGAGAUGAAGAUGAAGAAGAGGAGGAUGAGGAUGAGGAGGGCUACGAGGACUUGUCCGAUUAUGGGCCUGAUGAGGAAUUCGAAUUCGAUGAGGAUGACUUGAACGAAGAAGAUGCCAAACUGUUUGAGAUGUACCUCCAGGAGAGCAAGGGUGCUCAGAGCUACGGAAUGGAUGACUCCUAUAACUUGGCUGACAAAAUCAUGGCCAGUAUUAGACAAAAGGAGGAACAACAAUUGGCUGAAGCUCAUCAGAGCACAAGACCUGAAGGUGCUGUUCUGCUACCUCCAAAGGUCAUCGCUGCCUAUACAGGUGUCGGUGAAAUCUUGUCAACGUACACUCAUGGUAAACUGCCAAAGCUGUUCAAAGUCAUCCCAUCCCUAAACAAUUGGGAAGAUGUCCUAUACGUUACAAACCCACAGAGAUGGACUCCACAUGCGGUCUAUGAGGCUACUAAACUAUUCGUGUCUAACCUGUCUGCAAAGCAAUCACAGAGAUUUGUUGAAAAUGUCCUCCUUGAAAGAUUCAGAAACGACAUUGAAGAGAGUGAAACCCACACUUUGAACUAUCACAUCUACAGGGCAUUGAAGAAGGCGUUGUAUAAGCCAGGUGCUUUCUUCCAAGGGUUCCUCUUCCCAUUGGUCGAAACAGGCUGUUCUGUUAGAGAAGCUACAAUUGCAGGGUCCAUUCUCACAAAGAUCUCAAUCCCGCAAUCCCAUUCCUCAGCUGCGUUGAACUAUUUGCUUGGACUGGACUUCUCACCAGCAUCAACGGUGUUCAUCAGAGUCCUCUUGGAGAAAAAGUAUGCACUGCCAUAUCAAAUCAUUGAUGAAUGUUUCUUCUACUUCAUCAAGUUCAGAAACAUCAAGGAAGAUACCAUGGAGGACGAGACGUAUAAGCAAGUACCACAACUUCCCGUUGUGUGGCAUAAGGCAUUCCUCGCUUUUGCUCGUCAAUACAAAAACGACAUCACUGAUGAACAAAGAGACCUUUUGUUAGAGACUGUACGUCAGAGAGGUCACAAGGAUAUUGGUCCUGAGAUAAGAAGAGAGCUGUUGGCUGGUAAACCUCGUGAAGAGCCCACACAGGAGAAAGAAGCCAAUAUGAUUGAUGCAUUCUAA